AUGGAUACCACAAACCUGCAGCAGAAUAAUAAUGCUAGUGUCUUCACUGCUGCUACUUGGACAGAAGCUGAUCAUAAUCACAUCGUUCACCAAAUCCCUAACAUCAUGGCUUCUGGGGUUUUCCCAAACUACCAUCACCUUCUUCAAAUUCAUCAUCAUCCCUCAACAACCACUACUGCACUGCCCUCUUCUUCUUCGUCGGGGUUCCUUGGUGACAUACUUGGAGUAGUGCACCAAGAACAAGAACAAGAUCAUGAUCACGAUCAUGAAGAUGAAGAGCCAGAAGAGGAGCUUGGAGCCAUGAAGGAGAUGAUGUACAAGAUCGCAGCUAUGCAGCCCGUGGACAUCGAUCCCGCCACCAUUCGGAAGCCAAAGAGGCGAAACGUUCGCAUCAGCGACGACCCUCAGAGCGUAGCGGCGCGCCACCGCAGGGAGAGGAUCAGCGAGAAGAUUCGGAUCCUGCAGAGGCUUGUUCCCGGUGGAACAAAGAUGGACACAGCUUCCAUGCUGGAUGAAGCAAUUCGCUAUGUUAAGUUCUUGAAGAGACAAAUCAGGUUGCUUCAAUCCACUACUCCUCAUCAACCGCCACAAUGCAAUUAUGUUGGUCUUCCAAAUAAUCCUAACAGUGCCUUUUCUUUAGGCCCUUCUACUUCUGAUUGGCCUUUUGCACCCACCACCACGCCCUCCGCCGUGCCUGCCUCAUUCGGAUUCAAUGCCGGAGGAGGUCAUCAUGCCCCCUCUAGCUUUAAUCAUCAUGAGGUAAUUAAUGAAUGA